AUGCGAGCCGGUCGAGAUAACCGGCUGUCCCAAGAGCUCAAGUCUCCCCCGACCUCAUAUACCAACAACUCUGGUCUGUCCCGCAGACUGUCGAAGCGCCAAGAGAACCCUCCGGCCAUUCGUACGGUCCAGCAGCAGCAGCAACAGACCAGUCCACUGGAGGACAGAAGCCUUCACUCUGCGCGCCAGUCAAGGUCCCAAUUACCAUCGCCGCAGGAGAGCUCAGAGCACAGCAGCGACAUAGAUCCGUUCCAGAUUCAGGAAUCUGACCAGGCACACCCCCAACACUCUCCGCAAGAGAUAGGCCAGCACCAGACGAUUCGAGCGGUGCUUAAUGAACAAGACCCAGCUGUGUUUACUCAGAGCGAAGACGACCAUUCCCAAUUUGCUCCUGCCCCUCCUCCGCACUCGCCUCACGUUAGCUAUCAUCACCAUCCCGAGUCCGGAGCUCAGGGCCAAUACGAGCUACAAAAUCAGACUCCUCCUCAGCAGAGCUACAACUUGCAGCCGGGCUUUAACUUUUCAAACGACCCUUAUCGUCAACCAAAUCCCGAGACUGUGUCUCAGCUCUCACACGAUUCCCCGAUAGAGCAGGUACAGGAGCAGCAGCGUCCGGCCUCUGUCCAGUCGAACGGACAAUCGCCCACAAGCUUCAACAAUCGCUCUCAGUACCCCGAUCGUACAACGUCCAUUCAGGGCUCCCUUCAAGCUCCUCGUCCGCUCUCCCAGGUCGCCGGUCCGAUGGGUCCACCUGCUGGGUCCUCGCAGCAGAAUCGCAGGUCAAAUACGGAUUCGAAGAGCCUGCAAGGAAUGAACCCAGGACAACCAGAGUCAAGAGAGGGUGGCUCGAAUCCCCCAGGCUAUUCCAGAGGGUCGACAUUUCCAGGCAAUCAACCCCCACCUCCUGGGUUAAGCCCACUACCUUCAGCAGUUGGAACGCAAGGCCAGGGACCCAACUAUAGAGGAGGUCCUCCCCAACGGGAUCAAUAUGGUAACACUGGUGGAGGAGAGCAGGGACGAAGCACCCCGCCACCACAACCGCCGGGUCAAGAUGUCGCUGAAGCUUAUAAGGAAUUACAAAUCAAGUACAAGAAAGUCAAGGGCUUGUAUUUCGACAAGACGGCUCAGGUCGAACAGCUCCAAAAUACCUUAGCAAAUCAAAGGCUUUCACAAUCGCGGACAUCCCUCGAUGACAGCGAAUAUAUGACAAGAUUUCAACGAUUAGAUGGUGCCACAACAAAUUUGGCUUUUAACAUUCGUAAAGAUUGGAGGAGUGUGCCGUCAUGGCUGGCGCAGUCUGUCAACCAAGAUGCAUUAAAGAUAGGCAAACAGGAAAUGACUGCGGUGGGUCGAGCAUGCAUUGCAAAAUUUCUCGUCGAGCAAAUUUUCAGCAAGACUUUCCAUCCUGGUCUGGAGACAGGUUUGAGUUCUAGUCUGAAAACUGUGGAACAAAAUAUCCGCCGAUUUUCGCCCAUUCUUAAUAACCAGGAGGAGUCGGAUGCUUUAACAGCUAAGGUUGUGCAAUGGAGGUUGGCCACCUUGGAAGGUCUAAGAGACGUCUUGAAUUCGCCUGAAAGCGAAGAGCAUCGAAGAGACUUCUCGCGAGCUGCCACAACGAAUUUGACGGCCGAACUGAUAAACUACCUUCAAGAUCCAAUGCCCCCUGGGAUUGAAGAUAGUGCGCAUAUGAUUGUUGAAUUAGCGGUCAGCAUAGCUUCGAAUCUGCCGUUAGAGAGUCGUGAUAUUGCCAUAAUAUAUCCUAUGCCAGGCGACCAGCUGCAGCCAUUCAUCAUGAAGGUGGAGACUGGCAUCCCACCACUGGAAAACCCAGGCGCUGAUUGUGAUGAAAUCGACGGUUCCAGCACCGGCAGUGGGGAUAAGGAUGACGUUCAGAAAGAGAAUGAAAAGUCUAACAAGCUUCAUAAAGAUAAACCUGCCAAACCAGCCGGAAUGCUGCAGACAAUCAUGGGUGGUUCGAAUACCACUGGCAAAAAAACGAGUGCAAAUCCGCAAGCCGGAAUGGAGGGUCAGGGCCCAGGAGAUGCGAAGAGUAAAUCUAGCGAUGAUGGGUCACAAAGGGUACGGUUCGCUGGCUUCAUAGGGGUGGAAGUCAAAGGAAGACAAGUUUUGGGCAAGGCACCCGUGUGGACGCUUGGUUAG